AUGUUAAGUGAUACGGAGCGCAUGGCUGCAUGUGCAGCCGCUGUCGUUUUAUUCAGUGGUGAACGUUUGAUAAACCAAGCAAAAAUAAAGCAGAGGAAACGACUCUGGUGGGUGUCGUCAUUCAACAAAAGCCGAUCAAGUUAUAAUGCAACUAAUAUGCUGAGUGAUUUUGUACGCGAAACUAGCGGAACAUUUGAAAAUUUCUGCAGGAUGUCUCAAGAUGAUUUUACGUUCCUUCUUAAUAAGAUUGGCCCUCAUAUCUCAAAGAUUGAUACGAAUAUGAGACAGUGCAUACCAAUUCAAGAACGAUUUGCUAUUGCACUUAGAUUUUUGGCUACUGGAGGUAGUUACAAAAGCCUCUCAUACUUAUUUAAGGUUUCAAAACAAACAGUCUCAAGAUGCAUUGUAGACGUCUGCAAAGCCAUAAUACAAGAAUUAAAGGAAGAAAUAAAAGUAAGUUGUUAA